AUGAGGCAGCGUAAGCAAGACACUCUACGGCCGCGGAUGCGAUUGAGAAAGCAGCGCGGACUUACCUACGCCAGGUACCGCACAAAUCGCAUCGACAUUUUGCAAACCUGCCUUCGUCUCGAUCUGGACGCACGUGAUCAAGCUUUCGUUCGCGGUUUUGACAUAAGUAGCGAUGUCGAUAUUGUGGGCGAUUGCCGCGAAUGGAGAGCCUUGACCUCGAAGUCCAUCUGGAGGGAAUUUCGCAUAUUGGACAACUGCUCUUGCUUCUUCCGCGGUGUUGAUCUGCGGAACGACAAUGCCACUUGUGGUGAUGAUCAAGUCAGCUCUUCUGGUCGACGACAUCCACGACGGCAGACACAUACUGCGCUCCUGCAUCCAAAGCACGUUUGA